GCAAGGCUCAGUGCAACAUCUGCAAUUUGCUGGUGAGCAUGGGUGCAGAUACAGGAAAAAAGAAAAACACUUCAAAUAUGUGGACUCAUCUGAAGCGCCACCACCUUGAGGCCUUUAACGACACCCAAAAAAGAAAGGACGAUCAAGCAGCUUCUUCUUCAAAAGAAAGCUCAAAACAACCCACAGUCAUGCAGAYGUUUGAUGCCAAAAGAAAAUGGGCCAAGUCUGACUCUAGGUCAAAAAAAAUCGAUGCUGUGAUAACUGAGAUGAUUGCCACAGACAAUCAACCAUUUACAGUUGUUUCUGAUAUUGGUUUUCAACGUUUAGUGGCAUUGCUAGAGCCCAGAUACACACUCAAAACGGAAAAGUACUAUCGUACAGACCUCAUGGAUGAAGUUCACACUAAAGUAGUGAACAAAAUCAAAGAGCUGGUCAAAUUAGACAAUGCAGGUCCCUAUUUGUCAUUUACAACUGAUUGUUGGUCUGGGGAGACAGAAUCCCUAAUGAGCCUGACAUGCCAUUUCAUUGACAGUGACUGGGAAAGGAAGCAAAUCGUCCUCAAUGUCAAAGCCAUGCAUGGCUCUCACACUGGUGAAUAUAUCAGCGAAAUGUUCCUCAGUUUGCUGAGRCAUUGGGACAUUGAGACAGAGAGAGUUAUGCUUGUGCUUCGUGACAGUGGYGCCAACAUGGUGAAAGGGUUGAGGAUCAUUGAAAUACCUGAUCUCAGCUGCAGUGCCCAUACAUUACAGCUUGUUGUAAAUGAAGGAAUCAACAGCCAGCGAGCGGUGGUGGACAGUGUAGCAAAGUUAAAAUCAUCUGCCUCCCAUUUCAACCACUCUGUUCURGCCAAACAACGUCUCACAGUGAUUCAGAAAGAUCUUGACCUCCCCCAGCACAGAAUCAUCCAGGCUGUACCAACACGCUGGAACUCAACUGUACAUAUGUUGGAGAGRAUGCUGGAGCAGAAACGUGCUUUGAAUGUGUAUGCAGGUGACCAUGGAAAGAUUUCAACAUUAUCAGCUGAUCAGUGGACUCUCGUUUCCAAUCUGAUUGCUACGCUGGGCCCACUUGAACAGGUGACAUUGGAGAUGAGCAAGUCAGAUGCCUCCAUCUCCUGCAUCAUCCCAAGCAUUGCUGUGCUGAAGAUGGCACUUGAGACAGAGGGUCCCAAAACAAAGGGAAUCAAAACUGUCCGGGAUACCAUGCUGAAAAGCUUACAGAYRYGUUUCAAAAAUGCUGAGMAGACCAAAUGUUUGGUGCUGGCGACACUUCUGGAUCCUCGGUAUAAGGGGCAUGCCUUAGCACAGGGUACACUAAGCAAUGCAAAAGAAUGGAUAAAAGAAGAGRUUAGGAAACCAGCUGAGGCUGAAAACAGGUCCUCCUUGGAAGAUGAAGUCCCAGAUCAGAAACGCAUAAGGGUGGAAGAAGAGGAGGAACCUGCUCCAACUGGCCUGAUUGACCAAAUGUAUGCAAACCUUUUGGGGGCUCAUGGUCAAACCUCUGAAGAGAUUGAUGAAGAGCAGCAAAUCUCUCAGCAGCUGRACCAGUACCUACAGGAGCCACUGAUUGACAGACAGACUGGUCAGCCACUGCAAUGGUGGAAACAAAAUGCAACUCGCCUGCACCUUCUGGCACCACUGGCAAGGAAGUUCCUCUCUCCACCUCCUUCUUCUGUUCCCAGUGAGAGGGURUUCAGUGAGAUUGGCCAGAUUUACGAUAAAAGGAGGAACAGGCUCACUGGAGAAUAUGCUGAGCGUCUCUGUUUCCUGCAUUACAACCUGCAGUUCUUAAACUGGGACUAUUAAGAACCUUUUGUGAAAGGUUGGUAGGGUAAAAAAAACACUCAGGUUCAGAUUGUUCACAUUUUUUUAAAUUUAUUUUUGUUAUAUUGCUGUUUACAAAUGUUCUCAGGAAAGACAUCUGCACUACAAGGACCUGGUGUAAAAAAACAUUAAGGUUCAGAUGGUUCUCAUUUCUUUAAAAAUAUUUUUGUUACAUUGCUCUUUACAAAUGUUCCAAAUUUUCCAUGAAGGACAUCUGCACUGAGGCCUCAUGCUGCUACAUAAAGAGCACAAAUAUUUAAGUGUUAAAAUAGUUAUUAUAUUUAUGUUUAUGUUUAUAUAUAUAUAAAUAUAUAUAUA